AUGACUGCUAUUGAAGAAAUGGCUGGAAUGGAUGUGUUAAGUAGUGACAAAACAGAAACAUUAACUCUUAACAAGCUUACAAUGGACAAGGAUAUGAUUGAGGUUUUUGCCAAAGGUGUUGACAAGGAUGUGACUGUACUUAUGGCUGCAAGAGCAUCAAGACUGGAGAACCAGGAUGCAAUCGAUUGUGCAAUCGUUUCAAUGUUGGCAGACCCAAAGGAGGCACGAGCCGGAAUAAAAGAAGUUCACUUCCUUCCAUUCAAUCCAACUGAUAAAAGAACUGCACUUACAUACAUUGAUCCUGCUGGUAAUAUGCACAGGGUAAGCAAAGGUGCACCAGAGCAGAUUCUCAAUCUUGCACAUAACAAGGCAGAAAUUGGACAGAAGAUUCACACAACGAUUGACACGUUUGCAGAACGCGGACUUCGUUCUCUUGGAGUUGCUAGACAGCAACAAACUUUUUCUUCAUAUAGGAAUGCAGAAACAAUCAGAAGAGCUAUUGAUCUUGGUGUCAGUGUCAAAAUGAUCACUGGUGAUCAACUUGCAAUAGGAAAGGAAACAGGAAGGCGUCUAGGGAUGGGGACUAGCAUGUAUCCUUCUUCAUCAUUGCUUGGUGACAAUAAAGAUCAAUUAGGUGCUAUCUCUCUUGAUGAUCUCAUUGAGAAUGCUGAUGGUUUUGCUGGUGUCUUUCCUGGUAAGCAAGAGCAAGCACUUAUCUUAACACAUAGAAACUCUAAGUUAAUAUCUAUCAACUACUCUUGUGUCUUAUCUAUUUCUGACAUGGUUCCCUCAGAGCACAAGUAUGAAAUUUUGAAGAGGUUACAAGCUAGAAAGCACAUUUGUGGAAUGACUGGUGAUGGAGUGAAUGAUGCACCUGCUUUAAAGAUAGUUGACAUUGGUAUUGCAGUAGCAGAUUCUACAGAUGCUGCAAGAAGUACUUUAGUCCAAGGUGCUGUCAAUUUCCUCCCCAAGACCGAGUCACCCAGAAAGUACAACUCAUCAUUUUCAUCAGUGGCAGAUCCAAGACUCUGGCUCAAGUGGUGCAAAAUAUUAAACUUUGAUUAA